CUUACAUUGGGAUCAGAGUAAUGUAAUAAACAACAAUGAAGGCAGUCGUUUUUGAUGGUAAGGCUCUCACUCUCGAAUACGAUGAGAACUAUCCCAAGCCCAGUAUCGUAAACGAUACGGACGUCAUCGUGAAAGUUGAAUACGCCGGAGUUUGUGGAACCGACUUGCAUAUAAUUCAGGGCGAAUUCCCAGCAUCAAAAGAGCGUCCUCUUCCUCUUGGUCACGAGUUCAGCGGCGUGGUCCAUGAAGUCGGAAAAGGGUCCAUAUUCAAAGUGGGCCAGAAAGUUGUCGUCGAUCCUAAUCGGGCCUGCAAUCUUUGCAAUUUCUGUCGCGAUGGUAACUAUCAGUACUGUCUCACCGCUGGUAUCAACAGUACCAUCGGUAUUUGGAGGGACGGUGGUUGGGCGCAAUACGUGAACUGCCCCCAGGAUCAAGUAUAUGCGUUACCUGAUGGUAUUACCACCGAACAAGCUGGUCUUUGCGAGCCAUACUCGUGUGUUUCACGCGGAUUCGACCGCGCUUCUCCGAUCUCCAUUGGCAAGAAGAUUCUUAUCGUCGGAGCUGGUAUUAUCGGUAAUCUCUGGACAACGACUCUUCACGUUCAAGGUCACAGAGAUGUAACCGUGUCCGAGAUAAACAAAUCUAGACUGGAUAUUGUCAAAGGUCUAGGUACUGGAUACAGAUUAGUCACACCAGAUGUCUUGGCGUCAGAGAACCAACGAUAUGACGUCAUUGUGGAUUGCACAGGGGUUGGCAAAGUUAUGGAAAUAAAUUUCAAAUAUCUGAACUAUGGUGGCAAAUACGUACUGUUCGGAUGUUGCCCCCCCACGCAUCAGGCUUCAGUGAACCCAUUCGAUAUCUACAACAAGGAGCUUACGUUGAUCGGUGUUAAGAUAAACCCGUUCAGCUUCCCAAAGGCCAUCGGUUUGUUGAAAGCUAUGGGGGAUAGGUAUCUGAACUAUGAUAGAUUGGGAGUCAAAACGUACCCCCUCUCCGCAUACGAGGAAGCGUUAAAAGAUUUAAAAACGGGACACAUCUCAAAAGCCGUGUUCAAGAUUGAAUAGACAUUGUACAAAAUUAUUUUGGUUAAUAAAUAAUUGAUAUA